CCCGGCGCUGCCGCCGCCCUGCGCUGCCGCGGGCCCGGGCUCAGCCCGGCAGCCCCCAGGGGUCCCGGGGGAGCAGCCGCCGCCCCCCGCCCGCCACGGGAACCGGCGGCAGCGGGAGGGGCCGCCGUGCGGAGGCGGGGACCGGAGCGGCUCCGCCCGGCCAGGCGGGGCCGGGGCCGCCAUGGCGGAGUGGGGCCGAGGGCGGGGGCCGGGGGCCGUGGAGGACGUGCUAGACGCGGAGAACCAGCGCAUGGCGGACAGCCUGGCCAGCAAGGUCACCAGGCUGAAGUCGCUGGCUCUGGAUAUCGACAAGGACGCUGAGGAGCAGAACCGUUACCUGGAUGGCAUGGAUUCGGAUUUUCUGAGCGUGACUGGCCUGCUGAGCGGCAGCGUGAAGCGUUUCUCCACCGUGACCCGCUCCGGGAGGGAGAACCGCAAGUUGCUCUGCUCUGUCUCAGCAGGACUGAUUGUUGUUUUCUUCAUCCUUUACUAUCUCGUGUCCAGAGCAGGGACUUGAGCUUGUUGUUCUGCAGGCUUUACAGAACAAAAACCACGAUUGACAGACUCGUUCAGCACCUUUGUCCGUCUGCCCUGUGAUGGAGUCUCUGAUGUUCCAGACAGACCUUUCAAAUAGUGUUUCCUUCCCCCAGCUGCUUGUGGGUGUUGGGGCUGGGCUCAGACAUCUCUUUAUAAAACGAGGAUGUUUGAUUUGAAAUGGAUUUUCGUGUGUAACACGAUUUUGAUGUUGUUAAACGCUUACGUCUUUAUCUCUUGCCUCGUUGUCCGUGUUUUUAAGGGGCACUUUGGUGUUCUCUCCCUUGCUGAUGUUUUGUAUCAGGCUUGUGAGAUGGGGCCAACAGAUCCAGAGACUUGUCAAUACUUGGAAGUUUAAUAAAGCCUGUCCUUGGGCUAUCCUGGGUCCAGAUCUGUGCUGCCCUGUGUUCAGCUGCACCAAACUGCUACCAAAAUACUGCCCUACCUGGAUUAGGUGUCAUCUUUUCCACAUACGGGGAAAAACAUGCAGGGAAGGCAAGUAGAAAGGAGGCAGCAGUGACUUCCUCUGCUUCUUCCUGCUGCUCUGGUCCAAACUCUCUGUUCAAAGAACGAUGGGUGAACUGGUGGACUCUGGUUUGGUUUUCUGACAGGAGGCUGCUGAACAGCCUGGUCUUCGUAACAGUGGUGGGUUUGGUUUCCUUUUACUGCUGUAAAUAAAGCUCUGGUUUUAGAA